CUUUCUUUCCUCACUGAUGCACAAAGCAGCUGAACUCGGAUUAUACUGGACAAGCAAAAGAUGUAAAGUUCAAAGUCUGUUUUGAAGCGUCCCUUGACUAUUCUGUCUGCGUUUAAGGGCUUUCCUUGCUAUGCCACUCUUUAGCUGGCCCAAAUGGUCCCGUAAUACAACCACACAAGCUGAAACAUCAUCACCCAGACGCCCUGUGGACCGAUCAAGCCGCGACUUGCUCCGGGAGCUUGUAUGGCACAUUCAGGGCCGCGAGUGCACGGCCAGGAUGCUGGACCCGGAGCACAGCGAUGUGGAUCAGCCAUGUUUCCAGAGGUGCCCUAGGUGGAGGACCCUCAUCCCCAAAUCAGAGAUUGAGCAACUGGAACUACUGAUUGCCGGCAUCCCUCCCAUCCACGCUGCAGCGGUGCUCUCCAGGUUUCGUGAGGUGCUUGCAGGCAGCAAAGUGAUGCCAUGGGAGCUAGUCACUGUCUUCAAGCUGGUGCUGAGAGACAUCGAUCAAAGGGAAUGCGGUGAAGACCAACGAGUCUCAGGGAAAGCCAAGCAUCUCCAAACAACAGGGUUUUGGACAAGCCCCAACAAAUUGGAGCAGCAUGUUGCCAAAGCAAGCAGUAAUGAUGGAAGGUUGAGGGAGGAGAUCCCAACUGUGUCUGGAUAUGUGGACAGAGCCAUGCGCCACACCAGCUGGUUCAGAGCAAAAAGGGAGUGGGAACUUCCAUAUUUCUGUCCAGUUCCCAUGAGGCCAGCAGUCAACGAAUCAAUUAAUUUGUAAAUUAUCUCUUUUAGGUAAAUAAUACACUCUUAAUAUGUCAUACAUGUUCAGUAAACCCUCACCAAUUCGCAAAUCAUAAUUUCUGAAACUUUCUAUGGAUGAUAAAUUAUACUCUUGUCCAGGGGUCACCAAGGCUGGUCCUCAAGGGCACCAAUCCAUCCUGUUUUAGCCCUACUACAACACACUUUAUUCAAUUGUUCAGCUCAUCAGCAAACUCUAUUAAGCCUGAUAUCCAUCCAGAUUAUUUUUAUUUGAUUUUUUUUUUAAUUAGAUGUGUUGCAGUGGGGAUGCAUAUAAAACAGGCUGGAUUGGCACCCUUGAGGACUAGAUUUGGUGACCCCUGUUCUAGUCUAAAACAUGCAUGAAUACAUU